UCGACCAAGGGAUGCCCAGAGUCAAGUGCAUGUGAUUAUCCUUAAGAAACGGCACUUAUAAAGGCCGCCGUCUCUUGCCCGACUAUUCCGACAGCUUUUGACCGAAAGGGCCAGAGCUGUAGCUCGUCGGACUCAUCUUCUGUCUCUCCCGUUCAGCCGCAGUCGGCGUGCCACUCCUUCCUUCUGCGUGUGUAGCCAAGAGGAACCUGAGCCAAGAUGCCGCCCAAGCAGGACAAGAUUUCCGACGACCCUAAGGUCUACAUCUACGGCGACUUGAAGCUGAUGAAUGAGCUUCGCGCCUCGCCGUACGACCCCAAGAAGAACGUCUGGGCUCCCGAUGAAAAGGACGUGUACAUCGCCGUGGAGAUCAAGGAGGAGAAGGGCGACAAGGUCACGGUCCAGCUGCCUAAGGGCUCGACCAAGGAGGUUGCCAAGGACAAGCUUGUCAUGAUGAAUCCUCCUAAGUUCAUCUGCUGCGAGGACAUGGCCAACAUGACCUACCUGAACGACGCCUCUGUGCUGGCGACCCUCAGGGACCGUUAUGCCAAUGGCAUGAUCUAUACCUACUCCGGAUUGUUCUGCGUCGUGAUCAACCCCUUCAGGCGCCUUCCUCUCUACACAGAGGAGGUUGUGGCCAUGUACCGUGGCAAGAGGCGUCAGGAGAUGCCGCCUCACUUGUUCUCUGUGGCUGACAACGCCUACCAGAACAUGCUGAUCGGCAUGAGAGCAGGCGUUGGUAACCAAUCUAUCCUGAUCACUGGCGAGUCUGGUGCUGGUAAGACUGAGAACACGAAGAAGGUUAUCGCCUACUUCGCCCUGGUCGCUGCCCUGGGCGGUCCCAAGAAGGAGGCGGCCGAGGGUGAGAAGAGGAUCACCCUUGAGGACCAGAUCGUGCAGACUAACCCCGUUCUGGAGUCCUUCGGCAACGCCAAGACCGUCAGGAACAACAACUCCUCCCGUUUUGGUAAGUUCAUCAGGAUCCACUUCAACCAGAAGGGCAAGUUGGCUGGUGCCGACAUCGAGUCUUAUCUGUUGGAGAAGGUGCGUGUGAUUGAGCAGCUGCCUGGUAUGGAGCGUGGCUACCAUAUCUUCUACCAGCUGCUGUCCAGCGGCCUUCCUGACAUCACAAAGAUGCUGAUGGUUACCGACAACGCCCACGACUAUCGCUUCUUGGAGAAGGGCGAGAAGACCAUUAAGAACGUGGACGACAAGGAGGAGAUGCAGUUGACGGACGAAGCCUUCGAUGUCCUGGGCUUCACCCAAGACGAGAAGGAGAACAUCUACAGGUGCACUGGCGGUCUGUGUCACUUCAGCAACAUGAAGUUCAAGGCCAAGCCGAGGGAGGAGCAGGCCGAGUGUGACGGCACCGAGGCCGCCGACAAGAUGUGCUACCUGUACGGCUGCAACAGCGGUGAGGUGCAGAAAGGCCUGCUCAAGCCCAGGGUAAAGGUCGGCAACGAGUGGGUGGCAAAGGGCCAGAACUGCAACCAGUGCAUCUACGCCGUCGGUGCCUUGGGCAAGGGUGUUUAUGACAGGCUUUUCAAGUUCCUGGUCAAGCGUUGUAACGACACCCUGGACACCAAGAUGAAGAGGGAGAACUUCAUUGGUGUACUGGACAUCGCUGGAUUUGAGAUUUUUGAGUUCAACAGCUUUGAUCAGCUCUGUAUCAACUACACCAACGAGAAGCUGCAGCAGUUCUUCAACCACCACAUGUUCGUGGAAGAGCAGGAGGAGUACAAAAGGGAGGGAAUCGAAUGGGAGACCAUUGACUUCGGCAUGGACUUGGCCAAGACUCUCGCCCUGAUCGAGAAGCCCCUGGGUAUCCUGGCCAUUCUGGAGGAGCAGACUAUGUUCCCGAAGGCCAAUGACAAGACCCUCAUCGAUAAGCUUCGCGACCAGCACUUGGGCAAGCAUCCUAGCUUUCUGAAGCCGAAAAAGCCCAAGCAGCCCAAGUACGAGGGUCACUUCGAUCUGGCUCACUACGCCGGUAACGUUACCUACAACAUCUGCGGCUGGCUGGAGAAGAACAAGGACCCCAUGAACGAGACUGUGGUCGCCUGUUUCAAGAGGUCCUCAAAUGAACUUCUGAAGGAGCUCUGGGCCGACUUUGCCACGGCAGAGGAUGCUGACGCGGGUCAAAAGAAGCAGGCCGGAGGCAAGGGAAAGAAAGGUGGUGCGUUCCAGAGUGCCUCGGCGACCCACAGGGAUCAGCUGGCAAGGCUCAUGGCCACUCUGCACACUACAUACCCCCACUUCGUGCGUUGUAUCAUCCCGAACGAGCUGAAGACUCCUGGGCUCUUGGACAACCCGUUGGUUAUGCACCAGCUGACUUGUAACGGUGUACUCGAGGGUAUCCGUAUCUGUCAGAAGGGCUUCCCCAACAAGAUGGUCUUCAAGGAGUUCAAGCAGCGUUACAAGCCCAUGGAUCCAGUAAUGGCUAGGCAGGUUGAAGAUGAUCGUGAAUGCUCUGUCAAGCUUCUGGACCAAUCGGGUCUAGCUAAAGAAUGCUACGGCGUGGGUAAGACGAAGAUUUUCUUCAAGGCCGGCCAAGUGGCGAAGCUUGAGGACAUCCGUGACGCCAAGCUGGCUGUCAUCGUGACGUCAGUCCAGACGCGCGUGAGGGGAAAGCUGCAGCGUCAGGUUUAUGAGAAGCUCAAAGUACAAAGGACUGCCUUGAGGAUGCUGCAGCGCAACGUCCGUAACUGGAUCAGCCUGCGCACCUGGGAGUGGUGGAAGCUGUUCUGCACCAUCAAGCCUCUGCUGUCUCAGUCCCAGGGAGAAGAAGAGCUCCGUGUGAAGGAGGAGGAGCUGACCGAAGUGAAGGAGGGCGUUGAGAAGGAGGAGAAAAUGAUGACCCAGAUCGAGACAAAGCUAGCCGCAGUCGAGAAGGAAAAGAACGAACUCGCCGCUAGACUGUCUACUGAACAAUCAGAAACUAGUGACAUUGCAGAGAAAGCAGAGGGCCUGAUCAAGAACAAGGCUGAUCUUGAGCAGAAGAUUGUGGACUACAAGGAACUUCUGCAAGACGAGGAAACUAAGAACUCCGAGCUCAGUGCAGCCAAACGCAAGGUCGAGGGAGAAGUGGACAAUCUGAAGAAGGACCUGGAGGAGCUGGAGAAAACUCUGCAGAAGGUGGAGAAGGAGACACGCGGUGUGGAGAGCAAGGUUCGCUCCACCGGAGAUGAGCUGAAGAGCCAAGAGGAUCAGAUCGCUAAGCUGACCAAGGAAAAGGCUAAGCUGGAGGGGCUCAAUGCUACCACCUUAGAGGACCUGCAGAAGGAGGAGGACAAGGUCAACAACCUCAGUAAGCUCAAGGCCAAGCUCGAGCAGCAACUGGAUGACCUCGAAGAGAACCUGGAACGCGAGAAGAAGGCGCGUGCCGAAGCCGAGAGGCUGAAGAGGAAGCUGGAAGGUGACCUGAAGGCCGCAAAUGAGACUUUGGGAGGUCUGGAGAAUGAGAAGACCGACCUUGAGGAACGCAUCAAGAAGAAGGAGUUCGAAAUCAGGGGCCUUGAGACCAACCUGGAAGACCAACAAGGUGCCGUAGGUGGUUUGCAGAAAAAAAUCAAGGAAGUGCAGGGCCGCAUCGAGGAGCUUGAGCAGGAGCUCGAGGCCGAAAGAAACGCCCGUUCCAAAGUCGACAAGCAGAGGGCUGACCUGGCUCGUGAGCUCGAGGAUCUGGGAGACCGUCUGGAAGAGGCUGGUGGCGCCACCGCCGCGCAGGCAGAAAUCAACAAGAAACGUGAAAUUGAGCUGCAGAAAUAUCGCCGCGAGCUAGAAGAGGCCAACAUGCAGCAUGAGGCCACCGUCGGAGCUCUCAGAAAGAAACUGGCAGAUGCCACCUCUGACCUUACCGAGCAGGUGGAGAACCUUCAACGUAUCAAGGGUAAACUGGAGAAAGAGAAGACUACACUCAAGAUGGAGGUCGAUGACCUGGCUGGAAACGUCGAGGCGAUCACAAAGGGUAAGCUGAACGUGGAGAAGGCAAACCGCUCACUCGAGGAGCAGAUCGGCGAUGCUAACAUCAAGAUCGAGGAGUCCAGCAGAACGAUCCAGGAACUCACUUCCCUGCGGCAUCGUCUGGAGACCGAAAACGCUGAAAUAGCCCGCCAGCUCGACGAGUCCGACAGCCAGGUCAGCCAGUUGGGACGUACAAAGAGUAUUCUUUCCCAGCAGCUUGAGGAGCUGAAGCGCCAGCUUGAUGAGGAGACCAAGAACAAGAACCACCUUACUCACCAGCUACGUUCUGCCCAACAUGAUUGUGACAGCCUCAAAGUUCAACUGGAAGAGGAACAGGAAGGCAAGGCCGAGAUUCAGCGUGCCCUGUCCAAGGCCAACACAGAGGUCACUGCCUGGCGUGCGAAGUAUGAGACUGACGCCAUCCAGCGCGCCGAGGAGCUGGAAGAUGCCAAGAGGAAGCUGGCUGCUCGUCUGCAGGAUGCUGAGGAACAGGUUGAGGCCGCCAAUGCCAAAUGCAGCUCUCUAGAGAAGGCCAAGAACAGGCUCGCCGGUGAGGUCGAGGACCUCAUGAUCGACGUUGAGCGGGCUAACGCCGCGGCAGCCCAGCUGGAAAAGAGGCAGCGUCUAAUUGACAAGCAGAUCGCCGAGUGGAAGACCAAGUGCGAAGACAUCACUAUCGAGCUGGAGACAUGUACUAAGGAAGCCCGUUCCUACGCCAACGAGUUGUACAAGCUGAAGGGACAAUACGAAGAGACUCUGGAGACCCUGGAAACACUGAAGAAGGAAAACAAGACUUUGCACGACGAAAUCCGUGAUCUGUCCGAUCAACUUGGCGAGGGCGGCAAGAACGUCCACGAGCUGGAAAAGGCCAAGAAGCGCCUGGAGGUAGAGAAGGAGGAACUGCAGACCGCCCUCGAGGAGGCAGAGGGCGCACUGGAAGUUGAGGAGGGCAAGGUUCUGCGUGUCCAGCUCGAGUUGUCUCAGCUCAAGGCUGACAUCGACCGCAGGCUGGCCGAGAAAGAUGAGGAGUUCGAGAACACUCGUAAGAACCACCAGAGGGCCUUGGAUGCAUUGCAGACUACCCUGGAUGUAGAAGUCAAGGGACGAAAUGAGGCCGUUAGGAAUAAGAAGAAGCUGGAGGCCGAUGUGAAUGAGGUUGAGGCUGCUCUGGAAAACGCCACCAAGGCCAACAACGAGGCCAGGAAGACCAUCAACAAGCUCCAGAACCAGAUCCAAGAAGUCCAAACUCAAAUUGACGACGAACAGAGGGGACGUGAAGAGGCCCGUGAGCAUCUUGCCAUGGCUGAGCGUCGUUCCAGUAUGCUCCAGGCUGAGCUCGAAGAGCUCCGCAAUGCCCUGGACCAGGCCGAAAGGGCCCGCAAAAUGGCAGAGUCAGAGCUUAUGGAGUCUUCCGACCGCGUUGGUGAGCUGUCUGCACAGAACUCCUCCCUGGCCGGCCAGAAGAGAAAGCUGGAGAGUGAGAUCCAGACCCUGCAGGCUGAGCUGGACGAGGUUAUGUCUGAGCACAGGCAGACCGAGGAGAAGGCAAAGAAGGCCAUUGCUGAUGCCUCCCGCAUCGCUGAAGACCUGCGUCAGGAGCAGGAACACACCGCUCACAUC